AUGGGUCUCUUCGACAAGUUGGCCAACAUGCUGAAGAUCAAAAAGGAGCAGAUCAACAUUCUGGUUGUGGGACUGAACAACAGUGGCAAAUCGACCAUCGUGAACCAUUUUAAGAAUCCGGAUGAACGAAACUCGAUCAUCGUACCGACCGUUGGCUUUAGUGUGGAACGAUUUCAAAAUCAGGGUGUCUUCUUCACCGCGUUCGACAUGUCCGGUGCGACCCGUUACCGGAGCCUCUGGGAGCACCAUUUCAAAUCGUGCCAGGGCAUCGUUUUCGUAAUCGAUUCCAGCGAUCGAAUGCGACUAGUGGUUGUGAAGGACGAACUCGAGAUACUGCUGCAGCAUCCGGACAUCGCCAACCGGCGGGUACCGGUGCUGUUCUUCGCCAACAAGAUGGACUGCUCGGAUGCGCUGAGCAGCGUCAAAAUCGCUGCCGGACUGGGGCUGGAGAAGAUCAAGGACAAACCGUGGCACAUCAGCUCGAGCAAUGCGCUCACCGGUGAGGGCCUGCAGGACGGCGUCCAGUGGUUGGUGCACCAGAUCAGGGAGUGUGUCGCUAGCUCUAAGCACAACGGCAACUGAACA